GGCCGCAUAUAGCGGAAACGUUUCGACUGUUAAGGCUUAGCCAUGGAUUAUAGGCUGGUCUUCUGUUCCCUUUUAUUUGUCAUCGUCUCAGUGUCUGCCAAGGCAACACGUCGAGGAAGUAUAUUCAAAAGAAGUCCGAACCCAUGUCCUCCUGGUUGUCCGGGAUCAUGCGCCCCAUCAUGCACUGCGGUAUGUUGUGCACCUCCACCCCCACCCCCACUUCCACCUCUUCCACCACCACCUCCUCCCCCACCACCACCACCACCCGGUCCCCCUGGCCCUGAUGGUCCAAUGGGAAUGGCUGGACCACCUGGCCCCGAUGGCCCUAAAGGACCCCCAGGACCUCCCGGACUUCCAGGACCACCUGGUCUCCCAGGUCUUCCAGGUGCCCCAUCUGGUCCUCCAGGACGUGACGGCCCCAUGGGACCUCCAGGGCCUUCUGGACAUCAAGGACCACCCGGUGAUCUUGGCCCCAUGGGACCCCCAGGAGCCCCAGGACUACCGGGACCCCCAGCUCCUCCUGGUGGUAUGCCUCCUUGCCCACCUGUCUGCGUCCAUACUUGUAUCAAGGCUUGUGCUCCGCAAUGUUGCCACGGCCGAAAGAAGAGAUCUCACCUCCUGGAAUGGCCAGGAGUUGAAAGACGCGAACCAUUAUUCGCCGACGACUUUGCAUCUGCAAAGAUGGGUUUACUUAUGGUGCUGGGCUCCGUCCUCUUUAUCUCUUCCGUCACAUCGGCGUCAACACUCGAUCGCCUACGGCACUACAAAAGAAGUCCUAAUCCGUGUCCACCAGGAUGUCCCUCUUCAUGUGCUCCUGCUUGUCAAGUAACGUGUUGCUCGCCUGCUCCACCACCACCGCCACCACCGCCACCGCCUCCACCACCUCCACCACCUCCACCACCACCAGGCCCGCCAGGAAUGGACGGGCCCAUGGGAAUGCAGGGACCCCCAGGACCUGAUGGACCAAAGGGACCACCAGGACCCGUCGGUCUACCUGGUCCAGUUGGACUGCCAGGGCUUCCAGGAGCUCCAGCAGGUCCACCCGGACGUGACGGACCCAUGGGACCUCCAGGAGCACCCGGAAACCAAGGUCCUCCCGGAGAUGGUGGACCACCCGGACCUCCUGGACUUCCUGGUGCUGCAGGACAACCGGCUCCUCCCCCCAUGCCAAGCCCUUGCCCAGCUGUGUGCACCCACACAUGCAUUCGAUCCUGUCCGCCACCAUGUUGCCGUCGCUAAGUACCUGUAGACAAGUUGCGUUUGAGCGAUGCUGUUGGUGUUAUUAGUUUUUAGCAGUUUGAGAAUGGAGUGUUCUUUUUUUUUCUCUAAUAAAAUGAUUUGUCAAAACAAA